AUGGAAGAGUACAAAUUAUGGUACCUGCACGAGCUACUUAAACGGAAAAAUGAGUUGAGUGUGGAUGUAUAUGUCAUAGCCAUGCAACAAUUUGAAAGAGAAGCAAGAAAAUGUUAUGUUGAAUCCAUUAAACUGAACGAGGAUGAGUUUGUGGAAAUGAUGACCACUAAGCGACUGACCACAGCUCCAAGAGGCAGCUCUCCAGCGACCACUCCGGCGACUGAGCAGCUCCAAGAGGCACCACUCCAGCCUCCGGACUCCGGACUCCGACCCCCACAUCGUAGACUGAAAGCUAUCCAAAGUCAGAACCAAAAUUCGAGCAUGGAUACUUCUUCAAAGAUGGACGAUUUUGGGAGUUUUGCUUCUCAGAACCAACCAUCUGUGCAUUCCCCCGGUGUUGAUGCGUUUGAUUCUUUGUUCUCCUCAUCCUCGGCCUCGGGUGGGGUUGCGACAAAAGAGUCUGAAGGGCUGCACAAUGAUCAGUUUUCGGGAGGCAAUGAUUGGGGUUUUGAAUCAGAAUUUGGGGGAGGGAAUGACAAUGGAGGGACAACUGACUGUACGAAGGUGGAAGUUAUUGGAUUUUGCUGAACUCAAGCGCAGUUCCAUUUCAUUUUUUGACAUCGAUAAACCUGAAACUGAUGUAUCACGUUGGUCAAGAGCCAGAACCAGAGCUGCCAAGGUGGGGAAAGGUUUGUCAAAGGACUAGAAGGCACGCAAACUUGCUUUACAGCACUGGCUUGAGGCAAUAGAUCCACAUGACUGUUAUGAAACUUGAUCCUCAUAACAGGCUCGCAAGAAGUACCAUUCAUCGCUUGACUAAAAUGGCCGAUUAGAGAAGUUUUGGAAUUCUAUUUGUGAACCUUUUCAUUUCUUAUAUGCUUGAUUACACUAUCUCCCAUCUUCAUAUCAACUUGUGGGGGGCUAUUAUUAUGUUUCUCUUGAAAAUUUGACUUACUUUGUUGAUGCUUGUCUUGUGAUUUACACUUAUAAUGUACUGUAUUUCAUAUACCCUGUUGCUUGUGAUUGGAAGUUGUCCUUCUUUGUUGCUUCAAAUUGGCUUUGGAAAGACAAAGUUAUAAGUAGUUUUGUUUUUGCUUUGCGAUGUGUCUUGCCUGUGUAUGAGUUGGGUUUUAUUGUUGAUGGCUCUUAUCUUACUUUUGCUUUUUGAUCAUUGAUCUGCAUGCAGUUGAUAUAAGGAAUCUUUCUGCUUCCAACACAAGCCUGUUCUAUUUGGUUCUAUACUGAUACUGCUGUUCUUAGCUCCACGUUGUGCACAUCAGUAUAUAUUCUUUCAAAUUGCCAUAUCCGUUUUGGUCUUUUCUUCACCAUUAAUUUUUUCUUGGUGAUUACAGUACCAAGGGAGCUACUAGCAAAGCAAAUAAUUUUCCUGUACUAAGAGGGACCAGUAAAAUUACUCUAUUGUGAUAAAGUGGUAUUCUUCCACUGGAUGGAAGGUUGGUUUUGCAUCAGGAUCAGUCUAGGUUCCCUACUGCUAGGAGGAGGAAGGUUGUGUGUGGUGGUCAAUUUGAUUAUGCAGAUCCUGGAUUGGGCCAUGGUUUUAUGCAGUGGUUCAUGUCCAGCAUUGUGGUUCAGAUCCUGGCACUGAUCUGUUGAGCUUGGAGAUGCUAUUUCAAGGCAUGGAGUUGGACUACUAGAGUUGUUCAAGUUUAAGAGAAUAAAU